CAUCAUAGAACCAGCUGCUUGCAAACAUGGCAUUGGGAAAAUCCAUUAAAAUGUACCUGACUAUAUUCGUAGCGACCACAUGCAUGUACAUGAUACUGUAUCAGUAUCACAUAUCACGGCAGCCAAUGCCCCAACCAGAAAUCAUAAAGCCUCCCCUGUAUAUUAUCACACCUACUUAUCGCCGUCCAGAACAAUUGGCCGAAUUAACCCGAUUGGGUUAUACGUUGAAACAUGUUGCCAACUUGUUGUGGCUGGUCAUUGAGGAUGCCAACAAAACAUCCGAAAUGGUGAUAGAGACCUUGAAUCGUAUUGGUGUGCCUUAUGAGUAUUUUUUGGCUCCCAUGCCCGAAGAAUACAAAAGUAAAAAGGCCAAGCCAAGAGGUGUCUCCAAUCGUAAUCGUGGCCUCAGCUGGCUGAGAGAAAAUGCCAACGAGGGUGUUUUCUAUUUUGCCGAUGAUGAUAAUACCUAUGAUAUUAGCAUAUUUGAACAGAUGCGCUAUACCAAAAAGGUUUCAAUGUGGCCGGUGGGCCUCGUUACAAAAUAUGGCGUCAGCAGUCCCAUUGUCAAGAAUGGCAAAAUUAUUGGCUUCUAUGAUGGCUGGCUGGGCGGUCGUAAAUAUCCCGUUGAUAUGGCCGGUUUUGCUGUGAGUGUACGAUUUCUGCAUGAAAGGCCGAAGGCGAAAAUGCCCUUUAAGGCGGGCUAUGAAGAAGAUGGUUUUCUGAAAAGUCUAGGGCCAUUAGAUAAUGCAGAAAUUGAGCUGCUGGCCAAUAAUUGUACAGAGAUCCUAACAUGGCACACGCAAACGAAAAAGAAUAAUCCUGCAGAAAAAUUAAACAUGACCAAAUAUGGUGAUACCAAUUUAGUGUUAAUAGAUAAGGCCCUGGUAAGACCCUAA